GCGCGCGCGGGAACCAGAUAAAAACCCCGCAAUGCCGCUCCUCGUCGGCGGCGGAGCCAUGGCAGCCGCGGUCCUCGUCGGCGAUCCCUCUCUCUUCAACGUCCUCUUCUCUCCUCCUUCCAUGCCUCGCCGCUCCCUCUCCCUUGGCAGCAAGAACUUAAUGCUUCACCAGCCCCCCAAACCCAUCUCUCCGCGCUUGAUUCUUUGCCGUUCUGCCGCCGGAGCUCUGGAUCCUGCUGCCCCGGAGAAGGAAAUCCCCAGAGCUAGAGAGGGAGGGAGGGAUCAGCGAAAGGCGGUGAGGAUUGCGUGGGAGAAGCUGGUUCGGUGGUCUCGAUCAUGGCGGUCGAAGGCGAAGACUGACGUCGUCGAGCGGACUAAAAAGGUUGUUGUUCUUGGGGGUGGUUCUUUUGGGACUGCCAUGGCGGCGCAUAUAGCGGGGAAGAAAGCUGAAAUGGAGGUCUUGAUGCUUGUAAGGGACGAAGAUGUUUGUCGGGGUAUCAAUGAAACACAUUUCAAUAGGAAAUAUUUUCCAAACCACAUGCUGCCGGAAAAUGUUUUUGCAACAACCAAUGCGAGAGAUGCUUUGCUGGGAGCUGAUUUUUGUCUACAUGUUGUGCCAGUGCAGUGCAGUUCAUCUUUUCUUGAAGGUAUUUCACAACAUGUUGAUCCAAAGUUGCCAUUCAUAUCUCUUAGCAAAGGCUUGGAAUUAAAUACUUUAAGGACAAUGUCUCAAAUUAUUCCACAAGCAUUGCGGAACCCUCGACAACCUUUCGUUGUGUUAUCUGGGCCAUCCUUCGCUGUGGAGUUGAUGAGGAAACUGCCAACAGCUAUGGUUGUGGCAUCGAAAGACAAAAACCUGGCUGGCACUGUUCAGCAACUAUUAGCUUCCCCACAUCUGAGGAUAAGCUCAUCUAGUGAUGUGAUAGGCGUGGAGAUAGCAGGUGCACUAAAAAAUGUCCUCGCCAUAGCAGCAGGUAUUGUUGAAGGGAUGAAUCUGGGAAAUAAUUGUAUGGCAGCUCUUGUUGCACAAGGGUGCUCAGAGAUAAGAUGGUUGGCCACUAAGAUGGGAGCGAAAGCGACAACGCUUACUGGUUUAUCUGGGUCUGGUGACAUCAUGCUUACAUGUUUUGUGAAUCUUUCAAGAAAUAGAACUGUUGGUUUACGGCUUGGAUCGGGAGAGAGCCUUGAUAAUAUUAUUAGUUCAAUGAAUCAGGUAGCUGAAGGUGUAUCAACUGCUGGGGCUGUGAUUGCUUUGGCUGAAAAAUACAAUGUAAAGAUGCCAGUCCUAACUGCUGUGGCACGUAUCAUCGAUAACGAAUUAACUCCUAAAACAGCUGUUCUUGAGCUGAUGGGCCUCCCACAGGUUGAAGAAGUGUGAAAUGUACCAACAAUUGCAGAGCCAGGAAUGCGGCUGGGUUUCAUAGGUUGAGCAUAAUUGUAUAAUACUUCCCGUCCAAGAUGAAGAGUCGACUCUUUUAUAUCACAAAUGUAUCUCUCAUUCUUUUCCUUUUCCUGUGAGUCUCAAUCCAUCAUGAAUUGGGAAGCAGCCAAAAUUUUGCAAACUCUAGGCAUCUUCGAUGAAAUACACUCGGGGUGAUCACCCUAGAAGAAGAAAUAUUUGAUUCAAUAUGUAUUUUUCCAUGAUUCAAUAUGAUUGCUUCCUUACUCUUGUGCCCUUUUUGUCACAUGGUUUUGUAUUCAGAAAUUGAGCAAAGAUGACCAUUUCUUCCUUACUCUUAGUUUCAGUUAGUGCAGUCAAUUGUGAUAACACUGAUGUAAAUAGUGAGAUGUUCUUGAA